AUGGCGCGAAAUUCAGAAAAGGCGCAGUCCAUGCUCUUUCGAUUCCGAGCCGCUCAAGCUGCAGAAUCAGGACUCCUACCCAGUUCCUCAUUACGCAGACCCAAAGCGCCCAGCACAGUCACCACAAUUCCGCUAUGCGAAAAAUGGCGUGGUCAGAUCCUGAAGGAAGUGUCGCGCAAAGUGACCAAGAUUCAAGACGAAAGCCUGUCGGAUUUCCAAGUCAGAGAUCUAAAUGACGAGAUCAACAAACUCAUGAAAGAGAAAUGGGGUUGGGAGCGCAGGAUAAGAGAGCUGGGAGGGCCGAAUUAUAUGCGUGGAGGUGGUACGGUAUUUGACGAUCAAGGACGAGAAGUUCCUGGUGGUGGGAAAGGAUACAGAUAUUUUGGCAGAGCGCGAGAGCUACCUGGUGUGAAGGAGAUGUUCGAGCGUGCCGCGAAGAGAAAAGUCCACGGUGACGAAGAAGAAACCACACCGGGGCAAAAUAUCAAUCGCAAGAACCUGGACGCGAAGUAUUUUGGGUUCGGCUUGGACGAAGAGGACGGAUCAUUGCUAAAAUAUGAGCGGAGAAAAGAGAAAGAGGCAACCGAGAGAGUAGCGACGUUGGCCGAGGCAGAAGAUGACGCUGAUGCGGACUGGGAGCCUUUGCCGGGCGAUGCUGGUGAUGGCGUGAGGUGGCGGCUUCCAACGCUCGAAGAAGUGCAGGAUGAACUUGUGGACAGGAGGAGGAGACAAUUGCUUGACAGACUGGUAUGA